UCCCUAGACGUCGUUCUGUUUUAGUGUGCUCUCUCAUAUUUCUCACUAACGUAGCCGCAAGACCUCUCUCCGUCGAUACCUACUUGCAGGUUAAUAAAGAGUGAGAGAGAGAGAGCUGAAUAUGGCGGGAGUUAACAAUGGGGCAAGGCGCCAAAGGCCCAACUUACUAAUUACGGGGACUCCUGGUACCGGCAAAUCGACGAUGGCUUCUGCUUUGGCAGAAGCCUCGGAUCUCCGGUAUAUUUGCAUCGGAGAUCUCGUCAAAGAGAAAAACUUGCAUGAUGGGUGGGACAAUGAGUUCAACUGUCACAUUAUCAACGAAGAUUUGGUGUGUGAUGAGCUUGAAGAUGUAAUGCAAGAAGGAGGUAACAUUGUGGACUACCAUGGCUGUGAGUUCUUUCCCGAGCGAUGGUUUGAUCGCGUUGUGGUGCUUCAAACGGAGAACUCUGUUUUGUAUGACCGUUUAACUAGGAGAGGCUAUUCAGGAACCAAGCUUAGCAACAACCUUCAAUGUGAAAUGUACCAAGUCUUACUCGAGGAAGCAAACGAGAGUUAUGAAGAGGAAAUUGUCACCGCGCUACAAAGUAACACAAUCGAAGAUAUCUCUAACAAUGUCGCAAGUUUGAAGGAUUGGAUUAGUACAUGGCGACCAUGAUGAUUGUCAUAUCGGAUUCUGAUGACAAUGCAUCUGUAAUGGUUAUAAGGUUUAAAGUUUUUGGUAGUUUCAUUAUAUGGAUUCUGAGUUUUUUUCUUUUUUCUUCGUCAAGUACUAUUAGUAUUGAAGCACAAUUCAGCUUAUGUAUAUGCUCCUUUUGAUAUUUAAUGAAAAAAGAAAAAAAAGAAAAAGCAGAAUUCAGCUUAUGUA